UGGUGGCUCGAGACUUGGUACUGUACAUCCCUAUCAGUGCCCAUGCAACCAGGAUGAAAGAAGAUACCACUGACAUGGAGGACGUAGAGAAGAAUGAGAAGAAGUCCAUUACUGAAGGCCCUGCUCCGACGUCCUACUCGGGGGAGGCGGAGCUGGUGGAAGCCGAAGACUCAGACCGUUUGCUGCCGAAGAAGAUUCCGAAGGGUGGCUUCCCGCACUUAGACAUCACAAGAAUCGUUUGCGUUAUGUUGGUGGCCAUCGACCAUGGUAGUCCAAUGUACUCCGAGUGGAAUGUGAUCUAUGUCCAGCAAUGGACCCUCCAGUGGAUUGUUCUGGUUUCGGGGGUUUCUUUCUGUUUGUCCAGCAAGCCGCUGUUGCCCUAUUUGGGUCGUCUGGCGAUCUAUGCCGCAGUUGGAAUCAUGGUGAACUGGUCUGCCUGGAUUGCCACGGGGCAAGACUGGGAGCAUGAUUUCUUCAACGUGGUUUUCCAGAUGUGGUUCAUCGUGGGGCUCAUGCUCUUUUGCACCAUUCUGGCGCCCUUGAAGUAUUGGCUGAAGCAGGACGCGACGCAGCUGGAAAGCGCAGAGCCGCUCCCCUCCGAACCUGCUGAGGACGAGGGAGUGCUCAACAUCGUUCUAACGAUCGUCAUGGCGUUGCUAUUCAUUGGCCUUUUGUGCGUCGUGUUCCUCCCGAAGUUGUUGAACCCCUUCGUGGCUCCGAUUUUCUUGGACUUCGCCAAAGCAAUUCAUGGCGAUGGCAAUGUCUGGGGUUUGCCGAGCAAUCUCAAAGAGUCACAGGACUUUGUGGCUCACUUGUGCACCUAUGCCUUCCUCACCUUGUCGAACCUCUUCCUUUUGAGGACCUUCCGAUCCAUUCGGAUCAAAGCCUCGAUCAUUCCCUGGAUGAUCAUGGCCAAUACCCUGGUCAACCGAUCCUUGAUGUAUCGCGGUCCAGAGGAGAGGCCGUUCCAUUUGCUCGACAUCAUGAUCUUGGGUAUGGUGACACAAACCUACGGCCUGAUGUAUCGGAAGACAGUGGGUGAGUACUACUGCCGAUAUUGGUUUGUCUUGCUCAUCGGCUUUGCGUUGACCUGGCCGCCCUAUUUGGACAAGCGCUUGGACAUGUAUCCCACCUUUGAUCGAAUCCUCAGGCGUGGGGAGGGGGACUGGGUCAUGGUAGCAGGGGCGAUAGGGAAAGAUAUGGAAAGAUGGAAAAAAUGA